AAAGGGGAGAAACAAGAAGACGGGCGCACGAAGAGGAAGAAGGGGAGCAGCAAAACGACCAUGGCAGUAUCCACAACGCCUCAGCCUGAGAUAGUGUCCGAUCACAGCGCACCUCUACCGCCGUCGACCACUGCACGGAGCAUGCAGCCGCACGGCAGAACGCAGUCCAGAUGAAUGGGGAGCCGUACCUGGGCCGCGGACAAAAUGAGGGUCAUCUUCAUCCAAAACGCCGGUUUCGUCGCAGCUUUCUCGCCUUUUAGAUGUGAGUCGGUGAUGUUGGCAGCGUUUAGGACGACAGAUCAGGUGAACGAGCCAGAAUUAACCACAGCCAGAUCAUGCCAGUCAACUGAGGAGUGAGGAGCCCAGACCAAUUUAUUUUAGUCCUGUAUUUGUUUGUUCUUUUAUUGGGAAAGAGCUUGCACAUAUAUUAUAGCCAAUAUAUCAUCUUUAAAUCGGAGGUGUGUUCAGCUUUGGGCGAGCUGCCUGCUGUCCACAUCUGAAUACAUAUUUUAUUACAAAAUUGGCACUAGAAUUAAUUGUUAUCCAGCGAUAUUGGACUAUGUAUCAGGUAAUUAUAGACCGAUAAUGUCCUUAUAGACUUUUUGCGCUUAAUUCGUAGUAGAUUGAUUAUAUAGCGAUAAUAACAUGAAUAGGUAGGAGGAGGAAUCUCUGUCCGCUUUGAUCAAAGCCAAUUGAUCAAUCAAGACAAUCUGGAAAUGUUAGUUUCCACAUGUAAUAAUAUGACUAGUAGGCUACGCGUUAUUCCUUGUAAUUUAUUUAUUUAUUAUUACAAUUAUUAGACCUAUAAGUAUUAUAUUAUCAAUUUGUUUUAGGUAGGUAGUUUGAAAUAUUUAACAGUGGGAAGGUUGUGUGAACACUUCCCUAGCGAGAUGGAAACCGCGUAUUUAUCGCCCCGCCGGGGGGGAGCCCGUCCCGAGGUCCAGAAAGGCCAAACCUCUGCGGUCAAACCGGCGGGGGGUGACCUCUCCCCUCCGCCGCCAGCUCCACCGCUGCUUGCCGGCAACUCGCCCGAAGAGACCCCGGCAGGCAGCGAUGGGCGGAGGAACUCCGGCGUGAAGAAGCACCACCACAAGCACAACCUGAAACACCGCUACGAGCUGCUGGAGACGCUGGGAAGGGGCACCUACGGCAAAGUGAAGAAGGCCAUUGAGCGGCACUCCGGCAGAGAGGUGGCUAUCAAGUCAAUUCGGAAGGAGAAGAUCAAGGAUGAGCAGGACAUGGUUCACAUCCGCCGAGAGAUUGAGAUCAUGUCAUCCCUCCGCCACCCACACAUCAUUUCUAUAUAUGAAGUGUUUGAGAACAAGGAUAAGAUCGUGAUCGUGAUGGAGUACGCCAGCAAGGGCGAGCUGUAUGACUACAUCAGCGAGCGGAGGCGCCUGAGCGAGCGGGAGACGCGACACUUCUUCAGACAGAUAGUCUCCGCCGUGCACCACUGCCACAAGAAUGGAGUGGUUCACAGGGAUCUGAAACUGGAAAAUGUGCUACUGGAUGAAAACUGUAAUAUUAAGAUUGCUGACUUCGGGCUGUCCAACCUCUACCAUAAAGACAAGUUGCUGCAAACCUUCUGUGGCAGCCCGCUCUACGCUUCACCAGAGAUCGUCAAUGGGAGACCCUACCGUGGCCCAGAGGUGGACAGCUGGGCUCUGGGGGUGCUGCUGUAUACCCUGGUCUACGGGACCAUGCCGUUUGAUGGGGGAGACCACAAGAACCUCAUUCGCCAGAUUAGCAACGGCGAGUACAAAGAGCCUACCCAGUCCUCAGAUGCCCGUGGACUGAUCCGCUGGAUGCUGAUGGUGAACCCUGAGCGCCGGGCCACAGUGGAGGACAUAGCCAACCACUGGUGGGUAAACUGGGGCUGGAAGAACAGUGUGUGUGACUGCGAGACUCAACGCGACCAUGGAGGCUCGCCCAUGCUGGCCCGCUUCAUCGACUGGCAGAACCGCACUGAGCCACGUGGUUCUGCAGCCAAAGCUGCAGCCAUGCCCCAGCUGCUGCGCCAGAGGCCCAAGAAGUCCAAGAAGGAAAACGUCGAGGCAGGGCAGACCCACUGCGGAGCAGAGGACAAGCCGGGUCUGAAGAGACCCAAGGGGAUCCUGAAGACCAGGGUGACUGAGGAGCAGCAGUCUGCCAGUCUGGAAGAGGUGGAGUUGAGCCAGGCAGCGCUGCCUCAACAAGCCGACGCGGGAGAAGAAGCCUCGAGCCCAGAACGAGAGGAAGAGGAGCCGACUCUGGGAGGAGGCUCGCCAGCUAAGAUGGUGCCCUCUCUGCCCAAGAAAGGCAUCCUGAAGAACAACCAACAGCGGGAAUCAGGGUACUACUCCUCUCCAGAGCGCAGCGAGUCCUCUGAGCUUUUAGGGGGUGCCAGUAUGUCUCUACUUGCCACCUCCCCGCCUAAGAGAGUGAUGGGGAGAAAGGGCAUCUUAAAGCGAAACGGCAAGUACUCCACCUACAGCGGGCCUCCCUCAGCCGCAGCAGUGGCUGGAGUCCUCGGUGAGCCUCCUCCCUCGACCGACUCAGGCCUGUCUCGCAGUCAGAGUCGGCCCUCCAGCAUAGUCGGGGAGGACAGCUCCGUCCUGUCCCUGUCGCCCAGCUCCCUCAGUGGGGCUGAGUGGCAUCCCUCCACCCCCCACCUCCGCCCGAACAUCAGGGCCUGCGUCUCGGCCGAAAACCUGCUGCAGCUCGCCAACUUCAAGGGCUUCCAGCCAGCCCCGCCUCACCAGGGACCAAAGUUCAGCCGCGGCCCCAAAACGAAGGGCUCCCCGGGGGACAAUGGCAGCUUCUCCUUGCUGGGGGACCUGGAGGACAUGACUCAGGUGUACCAGCAAGCCCUGGACAUCAGCAGCAACCUCACCUAACAGACGGGUGGCAGAGAGAGAAUAAGCAGAGGGAGUUGAACAUGACUGUGUGUGUGUGUGUGUGUGUUCAUGUGUGCGUGUGUGUAUGUGCACAGAUGUCUGCGGGUGGCAUUAACGACCAGUGUGUUGCUGGGAUACACCUUUUUGGGAAGUUGUGGUUUUCCAAAAGGAGGAUGAAAUCUUGAUGGAAAUGAUACGUCUACGCACACACACACACACACACACUCACACACAUACAGAUGCACACACUUAGGUGCACUUCUCUGGCCAGAGGUAAUUCAGUUAGGGUUUUGUUAACAAGAAAGAGAAGGAGCUGGCACGAGAGAAUGCCACCCAGUCUGCUUUCUUGGCCCGCCCAUAGACUUUGCUGUGUUCAACAUGUUUACAUAUUCAGCAAGAAGGCAAGUUAGAAUCACAAACGCAGCGACCAGAAACUGGUUGGCUCUCCUUGUACACCACCCAUUUUGAGUUUGAGUUUACAGAAGCACCUUAAAACUCACACAGAGCGCAUGCUUUUGUGACCUUUACUUCCUUUUAAAAAAAAAAUAGAAGAAACAAACCAGGGUCUUGUUCCAAAAAUAACUGACAUUGCUGAUUAUUUAUUAAUAUUUUCGUAGCUUUUAGCUUUAAGUGCUAAACUGGUGGGUGCUGGCUGUUACUGGAAGAGUUCAAAGCUCCUUGUCUCCAACCCUUUGUCUGGAACUGACAUAUAUAAUUAUGUUACUCAGUGAUGAGAAACAUAUAUAUACUCAGCAUAUAUAAGCAUGUCUGCGCUUGUAAAACACGCAGGCAACUAUACCUUCAUAAAAGCGUAUGUCCUAUAUAUGUGUAUGAUACUAGGGAAUAUGUAGGAAGUGCCUUUUUUGAUUCAUAAUAAAAAAUUAUGUAUGUCAUUUCCUUAAAGUGGAGGGAAAAGCCAGGCCAACCUGUCACCAGUUGUGCUUUUUUUUUUUGAUGUUUGUGAAUGUGGAGAGACCCAGGGCCUUCAGCACACAGCUGACCAGCUUUACUUGUUUUGGGGUUCAAAGGUCAGUCUCAGACAGUCGACAUGAAAAUGUCCCCCUCCCCCCCGUUCCUUCCACAAGUAGAGUCGCACACAGAUAAGACCUCCUCUGUGUUCUUUGUCAGUAUUCAAGACCACAGUCUGGUUUGUCAGCAGUUUAGGUGGCUUGGUUGAGCACAGAUUUGCUGGCAGCACCAGAGGUCUGGAGGGGCUCACCUAGUGGGACAUUUAGUGAAGGGAGAUGGCGCAGACACCAUCUCACAGUCCUGGAAUGUGCCUGGCUCCCUUAACCUUGGUUGUUCCACAUUUUCGGGGCUACCUGAUAAAACAGGCUGCUCGGUUUUUUGUUUGUUUUUUGCCAAAGACACGUUACCUUGCGCGGCAGCUGGAUUUGAUGAGGACGAACCAUCUGGAACGUCAUGUUAAGAGACACGCAAGGUUUCAAUCGUCAGACUGGUUAAUAUUUUACCCAGAGCUCUUCAAAAGAGCGAAGUAAGCCGGUUUGUUUUAGCCUGCUGAUGACACAGCACAUUCCUCAGACAAAGGCUGGAGACGUGUCGGUGCUAGAGAUCUCUAUCAGCCCCAGCCCGACUCAGCACAGGUGGGAUCUGCGGUCCGUGCUCAGCCCUCCAGCUGUGUAUACUAGUCCAUUGUGUCAACCAGGCACAAUUAGCCAGCUAUUGUUUUCAUUUGACAGUAAGAGAGAGGCAGCGUGUAGAGAUUUGUAGCUAGAGGGAGAAGAAAAGAGUGUGAAAGAGUGAUGCAUGGAAAGGUGCUGAGAUUAGAGAGGACUUUCCUGCAGGAAAGGUCAAGCAGUUUGGUUUAUUUUUUGAAGGAAUAGUGAUGUAGGAUAGUGAGAGUAAAGAAAGUGAGUAGAAGGAGUAGAUGGAAAGUUUUUGUUGAAUACCAAAGAUGUGAUGAAGCUUUGACAUGAUUCAGAGGAAUGGAUAGGUCAGGGACUAAUGAGAGUCUUUUGGAUUUUUUUUUUUACUAGGGAAUCCCCACUGGUGAGUGAAAUCAUCCCCACAUUGGCUUUACUUCACGUUUGUUUUCUUUUUCUUUUUGAAUUUUCAUUCGAGGGGCUGGAGGCUGUUGAUGCAGCUUGGCUCGAGGGUCAGUCAGCGUGUGACCUGCGGGCUCUGCGUGGCCUUAGAAAGCGUGUUCAGCAGCAGUGAAACGAGGGAGAACGGUGACUGACAUCAUCCAAAACAUCAAAUGAUGUGGAUGGAAAACCACGCAGUAGAUGACCCCAAGGAAACCGAUCACAUGUCGAAUGUUUUCCUCCCGUGUGAAGGAAAGGUCCUGGGUAUGGAUUCAAAUGAAAGACCCGUUGCGUAUUAUAUUGCAUUUUAUUGCCUUUUGUAUUGCAUUUUAUUGUCAACUGGAUUUACAGUGAGAAAAUUAUACUAUGUUAGUAUUUUGUUUUAUUAUGCUUCUGUUUUUGAUUUUCCAAAAUAUAAGAAACUUUAUAUUGCUUUAUGUUAUGGCAGAAAAUACUUCCUUCCUCGAAGUAUUAGAAAUUCUCUCCAGAAACAAACUAAUCUGGCCUCAAAUUGGUGCAGUCUAAGUUUUCCCCUGUUUUCAUACACCUGUGAGGGAGCAAAGCCCAAUAACAGCCUCCAAAUGGCAAGAGCCAGCGCUUAGAAAUUAAUUGGAACAGGGCAAAAAAUGCAAAAAUAUGUACUAAUAUGUCAAAAGCUGGCCCAGAGGAAAUUGCAUUUCCACCUCUACCAAAGCAGGAGAGGUUCAAAAUGCUGGAACAACAACCGGAGAAAAAGGAAAAUAAAGCAAUGGAAAGAAUCUGAUGAUGAAACUUUAACUCUGCCAAACUGGAAUAAGUGGUGCAUAUCUGUUAGUUAGCAGAAAGUCUAAUCAUAGGAAAACUUGACUGGAUAUUGUUAUGACAAUAAUAAUAAAUUAGUAUUAUUAUGUUAUUUAAGUAUUAUUUUUUGGUUAGGGCUCAUUACUAUUGUUGGCUACAGCCACAGUUCGGUUUUGUUUUGUUCUUUUAUCUGUUGGUGAUCCUGGACUGCCAAGGUAGAUUAAGUUGCGUGCCUUUGGUAUCUUUUAUGAACCUUUUUUUUUUUUUUUUUUUUGGAUAAUGAAAAUUAUUAUCAAUGUGUUUUUUUAUACUUGUAUUUAUUGGUGAUCAAGCCAUUUAAUUUGUUGUCAAAAUGCUCCCUGUUCAUGCCUUGGCCUGCUUCGGACUGUGCGUUAUGUUCAGGACGUACUGCACACAAAGACAUAAUUUGUUUGUUCAAAAUAGAGUGGCAUCAUCUCAUUGUGAAGGCAUUGGCCAAGUGCAUGUUUUUAAAAGUAAAGAGUCAAUAAGUGUUCCUCAAAUCCCGUAAAAUGUCUUAAUUCAUCCAUUCGGGUGUAUUUCUACUCAACACAAAGCCUCUGUAGUACUGUAUCAACUCAAAUAAAUGGAUCUUG